AUGGAAUUAAGUGAUCCAAAACUGAAUUCAUUAUUGAGUGAAAUUGGCAUAUUUGGAGAUUUUAAUGUGGAACUUAGUAUAGUGGAGAGAAAUAUAGUUAAUAUUGAAAAUUUGUAUACAAACUAUCUUUCUAGUAAUCCAUCAAAGAAAAUAUUAAGUAUUUUAGACUAUUAUGGAUAUCUUGAAAGAAUUUUAAUUACACAUUUUGACAAGUUAAUCAAAUUUCCCGACUUAGAAAAACCUGUCUGCCUAUCUAUUGCAAAUCUAGUACUUUACAAAUCUUUUCAUAAUGAAAACCAAAAAAUUUAUAUGUGGAACUUAAAAGACUCAGAAUAUAAAUUAAAAUAUAAGGCAAUAUUUUUCAAGUCCCUAAGUAAUGUGAUAUCUAUUUUUUUUGGUACUUUAGAAUUUGAAGCAAGAUACUGUGAUAACUUGAAAAAUUCUACUAAUUAUCGUUCUUUAAGCACAUAUGAAAAAUAUGUUUUAGUAAGUUUGAUCAAUAUAUUCUUCCAAUAUUAUGAAAUAGAAUAUGUUAAGGAGUUUAUUUUAAAGUGUUGUAACCCUUACUUGUGGACCUACACUCCCAGAUACUUAUAUGAUAAUUCUCGCUUUUAUUUAGAUAAACAACUAGACUUAGAGAAAUUUAAACCACAAUUUAUACCAGUAAUACCCAUAAUAAUUUUGUAUUUUUUGGAACAAAUGGACCAAAGUAGGGAUAUUACUAAUAAUGAGAAGGUGAACAACUCUUUAGGCUCGUUAUCAUUUUUGGGAUUGAAUUUUUCUCAAUUUGAGAAUGAUCAAGAUGUUGAUUAUAGAUAUAACCAAAUAGAUUUGAUUAAUUCUGGACAAGUAGAAACUUUGGAAACUUGGCGUUAUUUACAAAGUUGUCUGCAUUUACUACUCUCUCUGAUCUCUCAGAAGUUUACUAGGAUGAUCCUAUUACCAUUUCUAUGCAGCAUAUUCUUUAUCUCAAGAUGUAAAUUAUCCAAGUGGUUUUUUAGUAGGCAAGGAAGACUUUAUUUUCGUCCAUUUGUUGAAAUGUUAAACUUUUAUAUCCAGUACUUUCCUUAUAAUAGUGAUGAACAAUACAAGCGAAUAAGUGAUUUUCAGAUGUGUUUAUUUAAGAAAUGGAAUUCUUCAGAAGAAUAUAUGUCCCAGAAUAUACCUGAGGAUCUUCUAACAAGUCCACCAAGGAUAAUUGGAAAUCCUGAAGAGUUUAAUAGGCUAAUUAAACAGGUACCAACUGAUAUAAUAAGAUCUAUUGCAAUUGAGCUUGGAAUAUUUCCAAUAGGUGUAGAUAAAUUUGAAGAGUUAUAUUUUUGGAAACCUAAUGUAAAUAUUCAUAGUAUGCAAGAGAGUGAUAAACUCGAUAGAAUAUAUUUCAUUCAAAUAUUAAGUGAUUAUCUUACUCUUAAUAAUUCAUUUGCAUAUCAUAUAUCAAAUAUUGCAAUCUUACCUUCUGAAAAUUUAAUUUGGGAUCCUUUAUUAUCUGCUUCAAUCUCUAGCCUUGAAAUUAAUCACACUUUAUUAGAUGAUAUAAAUUUUGCCUUUCCACAAUUAAACUUGGAAUAUUUGGAUAUCAACGACUUUUUAUUUAGAAACUUUUUGCUUUUGAGACUUGAUAGCUAUCAUCAAGUACGAGAGGAUCUUGAAGAUGUUAUUGCACGCCUUGACCCUCAAAUAGACAAUGAAAAUAGGGAUUUAUCACUAGAGCGGACCACUUCUAUUAUAUUUCGUGGAUACUCUAGAUUUGCUAUCCCUAUACAUUCCUUCUCAAUAUUAUAUAUAAGUUCUCCAAGGUUAGGCUCGUCUACAUUAGAUGAAGUUUGUGUUGAAUUCGUGCUAAAUCUUAAAGAUAUUUCUCCCGAAAUUGCAUUAGAAUGGGAUUAUCUGAAAAAAAAAGAUGUAUUAUUUUUAGUUUCAAUGACUAUGCCUUCAAUACACAAAACUGAAUCAAAUAUUGAUAAUUAUUCAUUUGUUGAUUUAUACGGUGUAAAUUUAGUACGUGGUUGCAUUAUUGUAGAUAUUUUAGAUGAGGCUGGUGUUUCUAUUAAUAGUUCCAAGAAUGAAGAACCCAAAGGUACUUGGAGAGUUAUUCGUGCUUUGCUAGACUCUGUUGUUGUAAAUGAAGAUAAGAAACUACUCCGACAAUCACAGGAUAUUAAAGAAUAUAGGAAUAAACUAAAUCUAUUGGAUUUAUACUCUAAUUUUAAUAUUGUAAUUAGAAGAGAUCCCAAAAAGAACAAUUUUUACACUACUUUAAAUAAUAUAAAAAAUUUUUUGAUUGGAGGUCCUAAUUCUGAGUCCUUAAUCUCUGACAUAUGGUUUCAGAGUCUUAUUCUUGGAAACUUACCAAAAGAAAAUACUUAUAAAAAAUUAGAAAAUAAUAUUGAAUUAUUGUCUGGACCUGAAAAUAUAAUUUUUACUGAAGAACAAGCAAGAGCUAUUUAUUCAAGUUUAAAUAAAGGAAUUACUAUUAUAUGCGGACCACCAGGUACAGGAAAAACAGAUAUAGCCUCUAAUGUUCUUAGUCAACUCUGUAACUCCAAUUCAAACGAAAGAAUUGUAGUUAUUGCACAUUCUAAUCAUGCUCUAAAUAAUUUAUUUGAAAAGAUAUUAAUGUAUAGUACAAUUCCUACUGAUCGUCUACUUCGUCUCGGAUAUUCAAAUUUGGAUGGUAUAGAAAAGAAUAAAACAAUUGAUUUGUCACGUGAUUUUAGCUUAGAUGGUCGUAUUAAAUAUAUUCUGGGUAUGAAGGAGUCUUUAUUACUGAGUGCUAAAUAUAUUCUAAUGUCUGUUAAAUGCGUUCCAAUUGAUGAAACUCACAUCACUUGUUCAUCAUUUAAUAUCUUAUACAAGCACUUUAUUGUACCAGUAGUGGAGGAACUAGAAAUCUCAUUAAAGGAGUAUUCUCAAAAGUCUCAAGAACUAACUGAAGAUUACUGUAGACAAUUUCUAUUUUCACAAUACUGGUUAGAUUAUGUUGGAUGUAAGCUAAAAAAUUCUCUAGAUUACUUAGAAUGUCUUAAAAAUAUUAAAAGUGUCUUCACCCAAUUGGAGGAGAUAGAAUUUAUGGAAAUACUCACUACCAAUCAUGAUAGAGGUCAAUAUAUCUUGAGCAAGUAUUCUAAAGUUAUUGCUAUGACUUGUAGGUAUGCUAUUUCACAUUUAGAAUAUCUUAGAGAACUGAAUUUGGGAAUUACUACGGUUAUAAUAGAGGAAGCUGCUCAAAUUACAGAUGCUGAAAGUAUAUUACCAUUAUUUAUUAAUCAAACACAUAACACAAUAUCUAAAAAUAUUAAUGAUAAAACUCCAAAUCGACUAAUUUUUAUUGGAGACAAUAAACAAUUAGCCCCAACUGUUACACAUCCUUUAUUAAAACGUUAUAGUAAUUUGGAUCAAUCUUUAUUUGAAAGGCUACUACGACUUGAUCACCCUUGCAUCUUCCUAAGCAAGCAAGGGAGGUGUAGAUCUACUAUUCUACACUUAUUUUCACAUAAUUAUUAUCCUAUAUUAACUAGUAUGCCUCAUAUUCAAGAUAUCAAAUUCCAAAAGUGUAUCUCUGGAAUUUAUUACGAAUAUCAAUUUGUUGAUAUAGAACAGGGUAUAGAGUCUCAACCAAUGCCUUACUUUUAUCAAAAUUUAUUAGAAGCAGAAUUUGUAGUUGCAUUAUAUAUGUACUUACGUUCAGUUGGUUACCCAUCAUCAAGCAUUGCUAUUUUAACUCCAUAUAUUGGACAGGUAAACCUUAUAAAUGAUAUUAUUAGUCAAAGAUGUAGCUGGAAUCCCCAUUUUGGUAAGCCUCUGAAAGUUACAUCUAUUGAUCACUUCCAGGGAAGGCAAAGUGAAAUUAUUAUCUUAUCUCUCGUUAGGACAAAACAUAUUGGAUAUUUAAAGGAUUUAAGGAGAUGGAAUGUUGCACUAUCACGAGCUACAUUGGGUCUAUACAUUGUUGGAAAUUGGAAGUUAUUUUCUAGAUGUUUGGAGUUAAAGAUCUUAAUUGAAAUACUUGAAAAAAGAUCAAAAAAUUUAAUAGUAUUACCAAAUGAACCUUUUCAAUCAAAUAGAAGUAUAUAUGAUGGUAUUGAAGUUAAAGACACCUUAAAUAUAACUAAUCAUAAGGAUUUAUGGUCUUUAGUACAAACUAAAAUUAAUAGUAGAUCAGAAGUUAAUUAA